AUGGGUUCCAGUCAGAAAAAGAAGAAUGAGAAGAAGAAGGAUUUCCAGAAAACGAAGCUGAAGGUCGGGAAGGCAAGGCCGAAGGCUGAUAAUUUUACAGAUACGAGUUUUAGAUCGAAAGCUAUCGUCCUAAACCAGCAGUCUCUAACCACUUCUGCUCCGUCAUCUUCGUCGCAGUUCUCUCACCAUCUCUCACUACUGUCAUCGAAAUCAGACUCCCAGCGUCGAGAGUCUCUGGCAUAUCUGACCACCUCCGUGUCCUCACGGCCCGUGGACUCUCCUCUCCCGCAACCGGUGAGUGUGAUGCUGCCGACUAUGCUUCCACUUAUUCUGGACGCAAGCAACGGUGUCCGGACGCAGCUUCUUAAAUUUCUCCGCUCGCUGCCUGAAGCCGAAAUUGAGGACCAUGUGGCACAAUUACUGCCUUAUAUCCGCGCGGGUAUGACACAUCUGGCAGCGGAUAUUCGUCUGUCUGCCGUGGAGAUCCUGUCAUGGCUGGUGGAAGUGGCGGGGCCGGAGGUGGUCUCGUCUGCAGGAGGCUGGAUUCGGACGAUUAAUUGCUUCCUCUCACUGCUCGGAUGGCAUACGGAUGAAUCUUCUAAAUGGUCAGCCAAUAGAGGCACGUUCGGCAAGGCUGGCAGUGAAGGGAAACCCAUGGUCAAGGUUCUGCAGGUGUUAGCGGAAUUCUUGCGCGCCGGGUUAUGUCAGCCAGGUGAAGACGAUGUAGACAUGGUGGACUCAACAGCUGAUGGGGAGGAGAAUCUUGCAUUCCCUGUGACUGGCGGCUGGGAAUUCCCGCUGUGCGACACGGCGCAGCAUAUGAUUCCUGCCAAGUCCACUCCGUACGCUUACUUGAACCUGUUCGGACAGCCGCGAGAUGAAGAAGGAGAAAUGUACGAGACCCGCGAAGACCGCUAUCGAGUCUUUUCAGAGAAGUUCAGAAGAGCGAUCGAGCGGGGUGUGGAGAAUGCGCGCAAGGAAGGGGGAGAGGCCGGACGAGCGUCUGCUGCAGUGGCCAAGGUGCUGAAGGAAGCAAAAUCUGCUGCGUCGGAGUCGUGA